UCUUACAUAUUGAGUUAUUUCCUUAUUGUCUCUCUUUCUCUCACUAGAGUGUAAACUCCAGGAGGACAGUGGUUUUGUCUGUCUUCCUCACCACUUCUAGCACCUAGAAGAGAUCCUGGAACAAGGUCACUGACACUCCCUGAUGGUGGGCAGUGUGUGGGCAGCUCUGGGGCUUUCCCUCACCUGCAUCUCAGCCCUCAGCCUCAUCUCCCCUGCCUGGUUCCAGACCACCACCUUCUCCUUCGGUGUCUUCACCUACUGCUCCUGGUCUCAGGGUGACCGCUGGAACCAGAGCUGUGGGACCUUCAGGUCUCUGGAUAAUAUUCCUGACUUUGCCUGGAAGGUGUCAGCUGCGAUGCUCCUUGGAGGCUGGCUCCUACUGGCCUUCAAUGCAAUUCUCCUCCUGUCCUGGGCCCUGGCCCCAAAGAGACUGUGCCCAAGGAGGGGCAGUGGCCCAAUGCUGGGGGUGCAAGCAGCAGCAGCCAUUGCCACCAUUGUGGGCCUGCUGGUUUUCCCCAUCAGCUUGGCCUCCCCAUUCGCCAAGGAAGCCUGCUUAGUCUCCUCCAUGUACUGCAGUGGUCAAUGCCAGCUGGGCUGGGGCUACGUGACUGCCAUCCUCAACGCAGUCCUGGCUAGCCUCCUGCCCAUGAUCAAGUGGCCCCACGUGACUGAGGUCCAGCAAAGGACCAUCCUCUUUUCCAGUGACACUCAGAGCAUCAUUCUUAUGCCAGAAAUGAGCAAAUAAAAAUAUCCCAGAAGAAAAAGAGCUCAAGUUGUAUGAAAUCACCAAGCAGCCAGGCUCAAAUCCCACCUCAGCUGCUUCCUUACUGUGUGACAUCAGGCAAAUCCCUUCACUUUCUCUGGACCUCAGUGUAAAUUUCCUUAAAAUGGGAGGUGGAAUAAUGCCUACCUCGUAGGGUUGUUAUGAGAAUUAACUUGAGACACUGUAAGUAUUAUAUGGAUGUAGUGCAGCACAAUGUUAAGCAUAGUAUUUAAUAAACUUUAGUUAUUACUAUUGUAAUCCCUACCUCACUGGCCUGUGGUGAGAAUAUAUCUAUUUAUGAAAAGUGCCUGGGGGCAAUUCUGAGCCCAUGGUCUCCACUCAAAUACUACAUCUCUUUCUCUCUCUCUCUUUUUUGUUUUUAGGGCUGAAUCCAGAGCAUAUGGACGUUUCCAGGCUAGGGGUCAAAUUGGAGCUGUAGCCACUGGCCUAUGCCACAGCCACAC